GACAACCCUUUGGCAGGCGCGCAUGCGCAAGCCCCGCCUGCAAUUUCCGCCAGCGCGCCUGCGCACUUCCCCGAGACAUCAUCACGCAGAUUUUGAAGUAGAUGGAAUCCACGAGUGAUGCAAUGAUGUCGGAAACCACAGAGAAAACGUGCCAAAAAAGGCCAUUUUCAGAAGACGAUGACUCAUUUCUUGACACAACUUCUGAUAAUGACUCUGAAGAAGAAUGGGUACCUGAAAGUAAAGCUGCAAAGAAGUCAAAAAGAGUGACUGCAGAAAAAAUGGUGACUAUUAAAAAGAAAAUUAAGUCAGAAUUAGGAAGUCCAGCAACAAAAAAACCACCGGUGAAAAAAUCUGCCAGAAAAACAGCAGUUAAAACAACCAGAAAGAAAACAGCGGAGAAACCAAAUGUGGACCAGGUUAUUAUGGAAAAAUUGCCAGUUUUGAAUAAUAAUGAAGAUAUAUUAUCCUCACAAAGUAAACAGGAUGCAGGAAGUAUGAAACAAAAGGGAGAGCCUCAGAAAACUUCAGCGCGAGUCAAGAAAGAAAUUGGACACUGCCAGGUUAAAAUUGAACAGCCGUCAACUAGCAUGCAGUUGAAUGAAUCAGAAAUCAAGGAAGAAUCUGUGAGUUUUACAUGGGAGGAGCCUGCUUUAAAAAAACAGAAAACUGAAAAGAACCCUGAUGGGAAACCAGUAAAACUCCAAAGAGGAAAUGUGGAGAUUGGGGACAUGCAAAUGAACUGGAACGUAGUUCAGAUGCUGUCUGAGCGGACCAGCACAGAGGGAUGGGUAUGUGCAAAUCUUAUUCAACUUUUCAAAGAAGAAAACACCAUUCCAUUUAUUGCACGUUACCGAAAGGAACUGACUAAUAACAUGGAUGCUGAUACUCUACGAGAAGUACAACAAACACUUGAAGAAUUAACGGCUGUCAUUAAGAAAGCUCACACAGCUGUACAGAAGGUAGCAAAACAAGAUAAGCUUACACCUUUCAUAAAAGCAAGUUUGUUGAACUGCAGGACCAUGGAAGAAAUAGAACAUGUGUUUGCUCCUUACAAAGUUGGAAGCACAAAGACAAAAGCUCAGAAGGCACGUCAGCUCGGCCUUGAACCUGCAGCAAAUUUAUUGAUUGACCGUCCAGGAGAACUUAAUCUAAAUCUUUAUAUAAAACCAAAUGUGAAAGGCCUUUCAAAUAUGACUGAAAUAGCAACAGGGAUACAGCACAUUUUAGCAGAUAUGAUGUCAAAAGACAGGGACACAUUGGACCAUAUUCGAAAAUUGUGUGAACCAAAUACUGUUUUUAUUCAGUCAACUUUGACAAAAGCAACUGCAAAGGAGAAAGAUGGAAACAAAAAAGAUACUGAGAAAUUUCGCCUGUACCAUGACUUCAGUAGUAGUAUUGGAAAUAUACAUCAUCACCAGAUUCUGGCAAUUAACCGAGGGGAAAAAUUGAAGAUUCUGACAGUGAAGGUCAACAUUCCUGACAGAAUCAAAAAUAUGUUCUGUGGAUGGUGCAUCAAUGAAAGAUGGCGACCUCGUGGUUUUGCAAGGCCUGAAUUAAUGAAGCUCUUGAAGGAUUCUGCUGAAGAUUCUUAUAAACGACUCAUUUAUCCACUUUUAUGCAGAGAAUUCCGAUCCCUUUUGACUUCAAAUGCUGAGAAAGAAUCAAUUGCAAUGUUUGGGAGAAAUCUUCGACAGCUUCUUUUGAUUAAUCCUGUUCGUGGACGGGUUCUAAUGGGAAUUGAUCCUGGCUUUAGGCACGGCUGUAAACUAUCAAUCAUUUCAGCUACCAGCCAGAUUCUUUACACUGAUGUUUUAUACCUAUUUGGUCAAGGGGCACAUAAUGCAGCUGAAAGGUUAAGGCAUCUACUUCAUAAGUACAGUUGUACAACCAUAGUUAUUGGAAAUGGAACUGCCUGCAGGGAAACGGAGUCUUUCUUUGCUGACUUGCUAAACCGGAAAUAUUUUGCUCCUCUAGAUGUUGUCUACUGUAUUACCAAUGAAGCUGGUGCCUCCAUAUACAGUGUUAGCCCAGAGGCUGCUAAAGAGAUGCCUGACCUGGAUCCUAAUAUCAGAAGUGCAGUCUCCAUAGCAAGACGUGUUCAGGAUCCAUUGGCUGAGUUGGUAAAAAUCGAGCCAAAACACAUAGGAGUUGGAAUGUAUCAGCAUGAUGUGUCCCAGACUUUACUUAAAGCUACCUUGGACAGUGUGGUCGAAGAAUGUGUCAGUUUUGUUGGAGUGGAUAUCAACAGCAUCUCUGAAAUCCUAAUGAGGCAUGUUGCGGGACUGAAUGCUAGUAAAGCAAAAAGUAUAAUUGAGUGGCGUGAGAAGAAUGGCCCAUUCAUCAACCGAGAACAGCUGAAAGAUGUCAAAGGCUUGGGCCCAAAAACCUUUCAACAAUGUGCUGGUUUCAUCCGAAUUAAUCCAGAAAACAUAAAGAACUUUGUCAACAAUCAGCAGCAGUUUGAUGGCACCACAGGAUGUCAGACAAUCACAGGAGACAGCAAGAUCAAGCCAGUUGGCAAAUCCACCAAAAAGAAGGGGAAAACAGAAAUCACUUCUGCACAACCAACUAUAUUAGAUCAGACAUGUAUCCACCCAGAAUCAUAUAACACAGCCAUGAGGUUCUUGUCGUUCAUUGGCGGAAACCUGUGUGACAUUGGGAGCUCUGCUAUGCAGAAUAGUGUGAACGCAGCAUUGAGAAACAAUUCAAUCGAUACUUUAGCUCAAAAACUUGAUACAACAGUGCCAACACUUCAGAUGAUUAUUGAUGGACUAAAACAGCCUCGCGACUAUGACAUUAGAGCAGGAUUUGAACAACGUGAUUUUAAAAGAAACAUUGUCUCCCUUGAUGAUUUAAGAAGUGGAACGGUUCUGACUGGAAGAGUGGACAACGCUACUCUUUUCGGAGUCUUUGUGGACAUAGGUGUCGGUAGAUCUGGCCUGAUCCCUAUUCGUUACAUUACUGCAGCCAAGCUACCUGCAUCUAAAAGACGUCGAAGUCUAGGCCUUGGUCCGGGUGAAAGAGUAGAAGUUAAAGUGAUGGAGGUUGAUCGUGCAAGAAACAGGAUUUCUUUGGAUCUCAUACGAGUUUUAUAAAAAACAAAACACUUUUUUUUUGCAUCGAACAAGGCAGCAGCUAAAAUUCAGUGCUGUUACCUUUUAGAGAUUUUGAGUAUAUUGAAUGUUUUCUGGUAAAUUAUCUAAAUUCAGAGACCGAAACACAAUUAAGAAUGUCUGAAUGUCUGAGAAAGUCAAUUAAUGAUUUGAAUUUGUAAUUGCAGUCUUUAUGAACAAUUUAUCAAUGAGAGAAAAUAGUAUGGGCAUUUGCAUAUAUAGAGUUUCUGCCUUAUAGCGCAUACGAUGCCAGAGACCCGGGUGCGAUCCUGGCUAUGAGUGCUUGUCUGUACGGAGGGUGUACGUUCUCUCCGUGACCUUGGUGGACUUCUCUGAGAUUUUCGGUUUCCUCCCACACUCCAAAGAAGUCCAGGUUUGUGGGCUAAUUUGCUUUGUGUAAAUGUAAAAUUGUCCCUGAUGUGUGCAGAGUAGUGUUAAUGUGCGAGGAUCGCUGGUCGGUGCGGACUUGGUGGGUCGAAGGGCCUGUUUCAUUAAACUAAACACUGUAAUUGGCUCAUGUGGAACACAAUCGGCAUUUAUGUUACAUAACCUUGUUUGUUCGUCUGAAAUAAAAUACAUACCCAUGUUCUGAACCAGU